AGAACUGAUUCUUGGUUGUGUGCAUUUCCUCUGCUUGCUGUCAUGUGACUCUGUUGUUCAAAGAUCAGCGUGUUGGAGGAUUUUGAGUUGCAUUACACAUUUUGGGGUAGGUAUGUUCUAAUUUCAUGGGAAUCUGCAAACUAUUAUUCCAAAACUACUGCUGAAAUGAAUGCACUCAUAACAAGACGAUUAGCAUUGUUACAUAGUGUUACUAACUCAAUACAUUCUGCUGCAAUGUGGAGAGAUCUUUACAAAUCACACAAUGCAGAGAGCCCUGUUUACUUCUGCUUACAAUAUGACAAUAUACAGUAGUAGAAGUGGUACAGGGCCAUUUAUUUAAACUCAGAAAUGUAACCAAUUAAAAACUAAAUGCAAAAUGUAAGUUAAAAUACCGGAGUUGGAAACUCUGCUAUAGUUACAGUCAGAAUUUCACGAGUACACCUGUCAGUCUUCAAAUUCUGAAAUCCCUUUUUUUUUUUUUUUUUUUAAUAUGUAAAUGUUACUUCUUGAAUUUUGGCAUAAACAAAUCACUAUUAAAUAAAUCAGUUAAAUAGUGUUUUUAACUUUUUUCUGGGGAAAAAAAACUAACUAAAAAACAAAAAAAAUUUUUUUCCAUUACAAUCAGAACACAUGUUGCACAGUUGUUCAAUCCUAUGGUGCUGUGCAUGUAGGAGCAGUUAGGGUGCAUACAAGGCUAUGAAAGGAAUAUAUAUGCAUAUAUAUAUGAAUAUAUGUCGCCAGCAUGACCUUUUCUGCGCUAAUGUGGACGGGCAGUAAAUUUAUUUUAGAUUGGUUUUUGAGCAGGACCCUCUUCACCUACUGUUCCUUUAUAUGAAACGUGUUUUGCUAGAAUUUUUUUUUUUGCUUAUUGUACAGUGCUGAGAAAUAUGUUGGUUUUAUAUAUCAUUAUAAUUUUAAAUUUUUGUAUGUGAUGCUCGGUUUUCUUUUAAAGGUUAUGGUGCUAACAGGCUACUGGCACAAAUCCAGAGUUCUGAAUCAAACCAUUUUUGAGUAGUUUAAUACAACCUGUGGGUCCCUCAGGUCAGGUGCCUGUGGUCUGGCCCGUAUUCAAGUGUAUAAACCCUGGGUAGGCAACUUUUUAGCAGCACUGUGCCAAAUCAAGACUUCAAAAACCCUUUGUGUUUUGUUUAAUUUUUGUGUGUACGUUGUUGCAUUGUGCUUGUGUGAAGUAUGGGCAGGGCUGUCUUAACAGCAGUAUAUGCCCCCAGGCAUAGGCAGCUCUCUAAUUAGGCGAUCUAUGGCCUCGCGCUGUCUGGGGUCUCGCAGAUGCCUAAAUCAUCAUAGGGCAGACUGAACUGUCAGGUUGUCGGUCUAUAACCGAGGACCCUACACAGGAGGGGGCCCGGCUGCUUGCCCUUUAUGCUGCCAGGUGCGAGGCCCCUCCGCUCUGUCUGCCCUGGGGGAGAGCCCACCUUCAGUCUGCAGCUCCACCAGGUGUGAGCUGCAGACUGAAGUGUCUUGCGAUCUCCAGCCAAUCAGAGCAUUGAUACGGGUUACCACGGCAAUGCUCUGACUGGAGCUCACAAGGCAUUUACCAUGUGGUCUACAGCUCUGCACCCGGCAGAGCUGCAGACCGGAGAGCCCCCCGGACCACCAGGUAAAUUUCAACCUCCCCCCACGUCACCACCCUGUCACCCCCCCUCUCACACUCUGUCACCCCCUCCAAACACACUGUGACCACUCUUCGCACACUCCAUUCUUCGCAGGAACCCCCCUCCGCACACACCGGCAUGCCCCUUCGCACACACCAGCAUCCCCCUCCAUACACACUGUCUGCACAAAAGGGCAUCACUCUCUGCACUCUGGCACCCCCCUCUAUACACAUUAUCACCCCUCCAUACACCCUGUUACUCUCCUCUGCACUCUGGCACCCCCUCCAUACACCCUGUCACUCUCCUCUGAAAUCUGGCACCCCCUCCAUACACUCUGUUAUCCCUAACACAAACUGACACCACCCCCACACACACUGUCUCCCUCACACACUUAUAUUAACUCCACCUGAUUCAGUCACACUCAUCCCAUCCAAUCAUGCAGCACUUACCCUAUAACAUGAAUCCCCCUAAUCCUGUCACACUCACCUUUUCUCGCACUGUCACAGUCACCUCCCAGUCCUAUCACACUCUACUUCCUUCACCCUGUCACAAUCACCCUGUCGAAUAAACCCCUCCAAUCCUGUCACACCCACCUCCCAUCGUCCUGACACACUCCCUCUUCUAACCGUGCCCAGGGCCGGUGCUUGGAUUUUUAGGUACAUAGGCGAAGAUGCUUUUUUCCACCCCCCUUCCCCCUCCCCCCCCAAAAUCUUCACCUAUGUGCCUCUUAACCAGCCCCUCUCCCCUCCCCGACCAUUAGUGGUCCCUUCCGUUCCCUGUCCCUUAGUGUUCUUCUCCCCUCCCCCCUUUCCCCCUCCCCCCUUUUUUCCCUGUCUCUUGGUGUUUCUCUCCCAUUCCCUCCCUGUCCCUUGGUGCACCCCCCACCCCUUUAGUGGUCACACUUCCUGGUGUGUGCCUCCUACCUCUAUUGUUGCAUUGCCGAGCGGAGCAGAUCCCCUAAAGGAGUUUUCUGUACCCGGACGGACUGACAGGGAGUGCUCUCUCUGUGAGCACCUCCUGUCAGUCUGGCCAGGUACAGGAAACAGAAGCUCCUGUACCGCGCUCUGCUCCACUACACUCUGUACACACUGACAGUCACACACUCAAUGACAAACACACAGACGUCACUGACAGACACAGACUCAUUGAUCUGACACACACUCAUUCAUUGACACUGACAGACCCACACUGAUUGACACUCAUUGACAGACACACUGAUAGUCACACACAGACUCAAUGACGAUGACAAACAUCACUGACACUGAUUUGACAGACAGACACACUCAUACACUGACAAACACACUCAUCAUACACUGACAGACACACUCAUACACUCACAUGCACACACACUCAUACAAUCACUCACAGACACACAGACAGUCACUCACUCACAAACACACACUGUCACUCACAGACACACACCGAAGCACACAGUCACUCACAGACACACACACACACACACUGUCACUCACAGACACACGCUCAGUCACUCAGACACACACACUCAUACAAUCACUCACUCACACACACUCAGUCACUCAGACACACAUGCUGUCACUCACAGACACACGCUCAGUCACUUAAACACACACUCAUACAAUCACUCACACACACACACACACUGUCACUCACAGACACACGCUCAGUCACUCAGACACACACAUGCACACACACUCAUACAAUCACAUGCACACACACUCAUACAAUCACAUGCACACACACUCAUACAAUCACACACACACACUGUCACUCACAGACACACACGCUGUCACUCACAGACACACACAGAGACGCACACAGUCAUUCAUGGACACACACACUGUCACUCACAGACACACGCUCAGUCACUCACAGACACACACACUGUCACUCACAGACACACGCUCAGUCACUCACAGACACACGCUCAGUCACUCACAGACACACACACACACUGUCACUCACAGACACACGCUCAGUCACUCAGACACACACACACACUGUCACUCACAGACACACGCUCAGUCACUCAUAGACACACACUGUCACUCACAGACACACACACAGACAAACACACUGUCACUCACAGACACACACACACAGACACACAUCACAUACAUUCACUAAUAAUUUUAUAAAUAAACAUUUUCCACCCAGCCUCCCUACCUGGAGAGCUGGUGUGGAUGCUGGAUCGGUCCCUGAGGGCUGGGGCUGCUGAGAGGCGCGCGGCAGUGCUGUGAUCAGGCGCGCGAGGGAGCUCUAAUCUCCAUCCUCUGCUCCCUCGCGGGCUGCCUACUGAUGACGUCAUAUUCCGGCUCCCGCGGCAUCAGUAGGCAGCGCGCGAGGGAGCAGAGGGUGGAGAUUAGAGCUCCCUCGCCCGCCUGAUCACAGCACUGCCGCGCGCUGCGCCGGGGGUCGAGAUGGUGGCCUGGCAGGAGGGAGAGCUUCCCUCCUGCCGGUCACUGAAAUAUUGCGCCCCCAGAGCCCGUGCGCCCUAAGGCGGCCGCCUGUGCCGCCUUAUGGACGCGCCGGCCCUGACCGUGCCACACUAUCCCCAGCUCUGUCAUCCCCCCCAACGUUUCCACACUCACUCUGUCACAUUAACAGCUCUAAACUUGUCACAGUCCCCCAACCGUUGCACACUCAACCUGUCACAAUAAUGCCUCUAAUCCUGUCACACUUGCCCUCUCAAUUAACCCCCCUUAAUUAUGUCACAUUCACCUCCCCUUGCCCCAUUCACCCUGUGAUACUCACGCCCCAAGCAUGCUACAUUCACGCUAUCACAUUAAUCCCUUAAUCCUGUCAUACAUACCUCCUCUCACCCUGUAACACUCGCUCUUCAAACCAUGCCUAUCUCACCCUCUCUCAUUGUGUCACACUCACGCCCAAUGCUGUCUUAUUCACCCCCUUUCUCUUUUACACUCACCCUGCCACAGUUUUUACCCCUUUACUCACCCUGUCACCCCCUGAAGGCAAUCAUUAUACAAACCAUCAUAAAACAUAGCUUCGUCAAAAACUCAGUGCCCAAAGGCCACGGGCAGUACACAAACAUACACAUGCUCAGAGAAAUAUACAUACAGAUAUAAGGAUACUCACUGUCAGACACACACUCUCAGGCACACACACAGGUAGACAAUCCAAGACACAGUCAGGAAUACACACAGCCAGAUAAAUACACAUUGUCACAGAUUUUUUUUAAAAGCCCAACCAAAACAAAAAUCUGUUUCCAAUAACCCCUUCACACCAGCACUUAUGUAUACACAACUGCAACCAUACCUCGCAAUCAUGAAUAAACAAUUAGCAUAAUUGCACAUUUAAAUUUGUUUAUUGCAAUUUAUACCAUAACUACAGUCCGAGAGCUCACAACGCAGCGGCACAGUGAGCCACAACAAUGCAAGCCUCUGAACAAUGAAUACAGAGACUAGGUCUCUACAUGCAGGCCUACCCUUCAAUAUAUCUACAGCUUCUUAUACACACACAAUUCAAACGCUUUUUUUUUUUCUUCACUAAUGGUGUUAGUGAGGGCCUCAUGUUUGAGUUUUGCCUAAGUCCUCGCCGAGUCUAGAGCCGCCACUGCCCCUGGGGAGGGCAAUGCACUAGGGCCCUGCUUACACAACAACUCACUGGAAUGAAAAUGUAAGGCAUUGAUACAAUUAGGCUUAUAUUUACUUGUGCACAUUACAAAUGCAAUACAUACACACAGACUGCUGAGUACAUUCACAGACUGCCGAAUACAUACACACAGAUGGCUGAGUACACACACACACAGUUGAAUACACACACACACACAAACUGCCGCGCAAACACAAAUACAGAUUGCUGAAUACGCACACACACACUGCUGAAUACAUCCAGACAGUUGAAUACACACACAAAGACUACAGUGAGGACUGCAGUGGGAUGCAAUAUGUGAGAGGGGUGCACUGUGUGUGUGUGUUGAAUUUAUAAACACACAGACACCUGUAUCACCACACACACACUGUUGACAUACAUACUGCGGAAUACACACAUACUGCGGUGAGGGGUACAGUGUGUGUGGUGAUAAGGGAGCACAUUUCCUUUUUUUUUCUUUUUUAAUUGAAAACAACAACAAAAAAAACCUUUUAUGUCCCAUCCCUCUACCAUCUUCUUACCUUGGCCAGGGUGGGGAGACAUAAUGUUGGAAGCUCAUGGUUGCCCAGUGGUGGCACUCCUCCGGCUGCAGGCAGUCUUCUCUUCUCUCGUGAGAUCAGUGCUGUGUCGGAGCGUUGCCACGGCAAUGCUCAGACCAGCCUGCUGGCGGGAGGAAUGAUCUGUCUCCCAGAUGCUCCUGAACUCCCCUCUCUUGGAAGGAACUGCCAGGAGGCCAGUUAGAAAGAUCUUUGAUGAUCUCACCGGCCCAGAAAGCAGACAGCAGGGUCGGCUCUCUAUGGGCCAGCAUGGGAGAUGAAAGUAUUGUGUUGGGGCCCCCAGGUAACUGCCCAGUGUGCCCAUGUAGAAAGACGGCCCUGACUAUGGGUGCUGACCCCGGUAUAAACUAACAUAUCAUUGGGAUGUGGGUUAUGUUUUGACAGAUAUAUCAUGGGUCGUCUUGAUGGAAAAGUAAUUGUACUGUCAGCUGCUGCACAGGGAAUUGGACGGGCUGCUGCUAUAGUAAGUAACAAGAAAUAAUUAAGAAUUGAACAACAUGAUGCUUAACAUUAAAAUGAGUAGUGAUUAUGGAGUUGCUAGGGUUAGCUUAAUCUUAGCCUGUCACUCAGAGGUGGGUCUGUAUCCUCUGCUCCCGUCCUAUCAAGCAAUGAGAGAGGGGUUGAGGUAAGGCUGGUAGCUGCUGUCUGAGAGUUCAUUACAUAUAUGUAUGUCUGGCUGUUUAUUUCUACAAAAUCUUUAAAUAAUACUUUGCCAUAUAUGCAGAUUUCCACCUCCAGAUGAGAAGCACAAAGUGGAAGGAAGUCCCAAAAAGAUGGAAUGGUGGUCAUUGCUCUCUUUUGAUCAUAACACAUGCAUUAGCAUAACAAUCUGUUUUAAAAUCUCAUGCCAUGGCUAAGGGAUUUGCAGAAAUGUGCGUUAAAAAUCCUAAAAAAAUAAAAUUAAAAUUUCAGUGUCUGCUUAAUUACAUAUUCAUGAUGGCAUUAUUAAGGUUUGCAUCAAGAUUUGUAGGUGUUACAACAAUACUACAUUUCAGAAUUCUCUUAAAUCAAUUGAAAAACCGUAAUCAAUUCUCACCAAAGCUAUAUGAGUAGUUAUAUACUCUAUUCUAGUAUUAGUGAUGGUGCACUCUACAUUAAUCAAGAUCGUUUCAGAAUAUAUAGAGAGAGAGAAAUAAGGAGAUUUAUUAAAACCUUUUUUUUUUUUUAAAUAAUCUCUUAAGAAGCAUAGCAAACUAAACAGUUUUGUGAUGCCAUUUUGUAUUUAGGCAUUUGCUAAAGAAGGGGCCCAGGUCAUUGCAACAGAUAUCAAUGAGGACAAGCUGAAGGAACUUGAGUCCUACCAAGGUAUGUUACAGUUUUAGUUCAUCUUGCCAUACUAAAGCAAGAAAUAUAUCCACAGGUUCCCAUGCAAGCCUUUUUCAGCAAUUAUAUUGUAUAUCGUACACUGAAAUUUAAUCCCCUGUUGAGUACAUUUAAUAGUACACAGGAAUACAGAAAUGUAACCAAAGUCUUUUUUGUGACUGUAAUUUUCUUAAAGGGACACUAUAGUCACCUGAACAACUUUAGCUUAAUGAAGCAGUUUUGGUGUAUAGAACCUGCCCCUCAAUCCUCUGCCAUUUAGGAGUUAAAUCCCUUUGUUUAUGAACCCUAGUCACACCUCCCUGCAUGUGACUUGCACAGCCUUCCAUAAACACUUCCUGUAAAGAGAGCCCUAUUUAGGCUUUCUUUAUUGCAAGUUCUGUUUAAUUAAGAUUUUCUUAUCCCCUGCUAUGUUAAUAGCUUGCUAGACCCUGCAAGAGCAUCCUGUAUGUGAUUAAAGUUCAAUUUAGAGAUUGAGAUACAAUUAUUUAAAGUAAAUUACAUCUGUUUGAAAGUGAAACCAGGUAUUUUUUUUCAUGCAGGCUCUGUCAAUCAUAGCCAGGGGAGGUGUGGUUAGGGCUGCAUAAACAGAAACAAAGUGAUUUAACUCCCAAAUGACAGUGAAUUGAGCAGUGAAAUUGCAGGGGGAUGAUCUAUACACUAAAACUGCUUUAUUUAGCUAAAGUAAUUUAGGUGAUUAUAGUGUUCCUUUAAGUUGUUUAACUUACACCUAGCACCAUUCAGCUACAAUAUAUAUUUUAUUAAAAUACAUUGGAUGCUUGUUUAUAGUGCUCAAAAUGUAAAAGCUUUAUUGUGUUUUUGUUUCCAAUUACCAAACUUAAAUGGUUACUAAAAAAAAAACCUCUAUGGUUAUUCAACUAAUAGAGAAUAGUGAAUAAUGGAUAAUAGUCAAAAUAAUAUAGUUGAAGAAUGUUACUAAAUUGUCUGUGUUGGGGACAAUUGUGUAUUCCCCCACCCCUCUCCAUUCUUCACACUUCUCUCUUUAGUUAAUAACCCAAUAACUGUGCAUGUUUCUGCAUAUCAAUUAACUAAUUCCUUCACCUGCUACAGGAAUACAAACAAGAGUACUGGAUGUGACCAAGAGAGAACAAAUUGAAAAGCUGUGCAGUGAGAUUGAUAGAAUUGAUGUCUUAUUUAAUGUAGCUGGGUGAGUAAACCUGGUUCGAACUUUGAGUGUUUUCCACUUUAAUGCUAAGCUUAACUUUUGCUGGAGGAGGAAGCAAUAUUGUAUUAAAAUAGGGCUUAUUCACUAAAUUGAACUCCAAAAAGUAUGCUAAAUUUCCAAGUUAAAAAGUGGCUUGUUUCUUGUCUGAGUUUACUUCAGCAACAUUAUUUUACGAUAUUUCAGAUUUAAUUCAAUGGUUAAAAUUGUCAGAUGACACCACUCAAUUUUUGCUUUUAAAGUGUGAUAGAGCCAGGGUACUCCUAUCUACUACAGCAUGAUGUGAUGUUACUGUGCUUAGAGUGCCCCUUUAAAUUGGAUUAUAUAUUUAUUCUCAAUAUGUUAGAAUAGAAUUUUGUGGUGUACAGAAUGCCUCUACUUACAGAAUAAUAGUUCACAUUCUGUUAUACAUAAGUGUAUAACUGAAAGUGUAUAAGUAGAAAUGGUUACACAAAGUAUGAAACCACUGCCACAUGUAUCACAAAAUGACACUAGGCUUGAUUAAGUCUGUGAUAUGUUUGUACAGUGUGGCGUCUCCAAUCUAAAUAUUUGAAACUGUCACAUUUGUCAUGCCUCCCAACAGUCCCAGGUUCAGCAGGACAGUCCUACUUUCUGUCUUCUGUACCACACUGGGUUUGAUCUUGCUUGUUAGGCUUUUCAUGCUACCAGAGCUCUUCCUUAGUACUUUUUGAUAUAGUGAGGAAGAGCUCUGGUGGCAUUAAAAAAAGGUUAAAGGGGCAUUAUAUGCACCAAAAUGACUUUAGUUUGAUGGAGCCGUUUUGGUAUAUGGGUCAAAACAAAGUUAGCUUAAUGAAGCGGUUUUGGUGUAUAGAUCAAGCUCUUGCAACCUCACUGCACUAAUGGGCGGGGGCUCAGAGAACAUUAGGUCCAACAUCGUUCAUUUUAUUUAACUCCCUUGGUGACUGCGAACGUAUCAGGUACGUCAGACAAAAAAUGGUCGUUAACGACCUCAGAUCGUAAGUAAUACGUCCGAGGUAAUCCUAAUUACUUACCCAUUCGCCGCCGAUCCCCCGCUGCCGAUCAGUGUUCCUCUCUGUCUGGGGGGACUGUCUGACAGCCCAGACGGUCCCCCCUCAGCAGAUUAGGCCUUUGCUGGCCAUGUGACCUGAAAGAGCGGUCACAUGGCCGCAAUAGGCGUACAGGCAUCUGCCUGAACUGACAGUUUUUUACAGUUCCAGCUCCAGAUCAUUUCAGGGAUUUUGUACCGUGAUGCACCUUCUCCCCAGGCGGUGAUUGGAGAGACCAGAGAUGGGGCUACAAAUUUUAUUUUUAAAAUCCCUCCUACUAAAAGCAGAAUCCCCAAAAAAGAUGCAGAGUCUGUUUUAAGAGGGGGCAGAGAAAAGAUACCGUAUAUUACUGUCCUGAUUGCCCUGGACAGCCUGGGCUCUGCAUUGGGGACUGCUUCAAACAAAAUCACACACUGGUCCAUUUAAAAAAUAAAAUAAAAAUUACAUUUGCCGUUCAGUUUUUUUUGUUUUUUUGGUUACGUUUACCUUAUAUAUGGGGGGCAUGGGUGUACUCAGGAGGCCUUGCAGAAAACAACCUGGGGUAUUUUCUUGCAAUAACCAAACAACAGGCUCCCCUAAAUCACAGUCAAAAAGCAAUGUGUGUGUGUAAAAAUUAAAAUUGAACAAUUACCACCACACACUUUCUCCAAUUUUUUGGGGCUAAAACGGUUGCAUCAAAGCACUCCAUAUACAAUACCUCGGGGUGUCUAUGUUUCAAAUAUAUACACUUUCAUGGCAAUAAAUAAAACCGGGGUACGUGAUAAGGCCAAAACUAGGAUAGGCCUAUCAGAAGAAAUGCUCUCAAUUUCAACUCGAAUUACAAGUCAUACAAUUGUAACUGAACCUUCCCAAUAUCCUGGCAAACUUAUGCAUGGGGGGCAUGGGUGUACUCAGAAGGCCUUGCAGAAAACAACCUGGAGUGUUUUCUUGCAAUAACAAACAGGCUACACUAAAUGUAUGUAAAAAUUUUAAUUGAAAAAUUACCACCACACACUUUCUCCAAUUUUUCAAGUAAAACGAUUGCAUCAAAGGCAUCAAAACACUCCAUAUACAAUACCAUAGGGUGUCAACCUUUCAAAUAUAUGCAUGCUCAUGGCAAGAAAAUUAAUUGGGAUAUCUAAAAAGGGCCCCAAAAAGAAGAUAUGUGUUGAAAAUUUGAAAAACAUGUCAUAUGUUUGGCAUUGCACCUCACAAACAACUCAACAAACCUAUGCAUAGGUGGUAUCACGGUACUCAGGAGAUGUUGCUGAACACAUAUUGGGGUGUUCUUUGGCAGUAACACCUAACAGGAACUGAGAAUCCAUGCAUAAAAUACAAUGUGAGAGAAAAAUCACACAAAAAAUGACUACCCAAAAUGUUUGACAAAGACUGGUGGUAGAAUUAGUGCAUGGAAAGUGUUAAAAUACCACCAUUUAAAAUACCCUAGGGUGUCUACUUUUCAAAAAUAUACGGUUUGAUGGGGCUAAGUUACAUUGGCUGUCUUCAAAAAUGUCCCAAAUGGGACAUCGGUGCAUGAUGACCAGCUGUGAAAAUUCCAAGUUGGAAAACAGGAAUGCGGACCCUCCAAAUAAGGUCUUUUAGCACCCAGAGAACCUGACACACCUGUACAUGGAUAUACAAAGAAACUUUUGAGAUAUGACUGUAUAAAAUCUAAAUCAGGAACAAAAAAAUAUAUACAUAGUGUGAUACAGUAAAUAAGAUUAAUAAUGCGCUGGGAUUAAAAUACACUCACAAGAUCGAGAUGAAUAAGCGCUCAAAGGUGCCUGCCCUGAUAUUGAUGGGCAGCUAAAUUCCUCCAAUUUCCACUGAUUUUUCAAGCGGACCAAAUAUAUAAUGAGACUCCAAUGGGAGUAAGUUAUGUAAACUUAUAAACGAAAUUAUUAUAUAAAGUUAUUGACAAAACCCCAGCAUUUGGAUUGGAUGACCCAUUAUUUUUUACAAGAAUGGGAUGAGAUCCUUACAAAUUGCAUGUUUCAACUUAUCAUCAAACAUUCUAGAGAGGCACAACAUAAAUUGGAAACUGAAUUGAAUACUGUCAGCAUUACUGUUUGAUCCAGCACGUAGAACUGUACAGCACGGAUGACAAAUAACAUAUUACCGGUCCUUAGAAUGGCCGGAUUUAACGUACAAAGAAUAGUCAAAAAUACUAGCCGAGGUCAGGGAACACAGAAAGGGACACAGCGAUGAGGAAAGCCAGGAGUCAGGAUACCAGAAUAUAGAGAAGUCAAUAAACAAAGCCAAAGUCAAAACCAGGUAGAAAACUAUAAACAGGAACGCGCUCUCAGACAACCACAAGGGAAACCACGACAGGGCACUGAGCAGGCUGAGAACUGGGCCUAAAUACCCCUCCUUUAGUUCUGAUAGGCUGUAACCGGCCUUUGACCCCAAAGUCAGUUACCAGGUUUCAUUUGCAUAAUUGCUGCUCAGCAUUAACCCUUCUGUGGAUUAGGUUGCUGCUCGGCACAACUUUUCCUGUGUGGACAGUAAAUGUCAUUAACCACAUUUCUAUAAGCGGAUGAAUAUGUGACAUUACCCCCCACCUGAAGAACGCCCACCGGGCGGACAGGACCAGGCUUGAGAGGAAAUUUGCAAAAACCAAAACUGUAUAUACUAUACAGAGAUAAGGCGCCACUUAUCACCAAAUAUAAAUACUGGAUAUAGUUACCCUCCAGCUAGCAAGUGAGGAUAUUCACAUAAAAAAUAUAAAAAGAUUUUAUAUUUUUUAUGUGAAUAUCCUCACUUGCUAGCUGGAGGGUAACUAUAUCCAGUAUUUAUAUUUGGUGAUAAGUGGCGCCCUAUCUCUGUAUAGUAUAUACAGUUUUGGUUUUUGCACAUUUGGUUAAGGGAUACAGGGAGUGCAUCCCUAUAUAUAGUGGCUUGCCUGCACUUUCUAACGGUCAGUUCUUUCACAAUCCACUUUUGGUUUUUUGAGAGGAAAUUUAGCGUGAAAAGCGCGGAUCUUACGGCCCGCAUGCAGGUCAGGAGCCGAAACCCAAGAACGAUCAGCAGGACCGUAACCUUUCCAAACAACCAAGUACUGUAAAGUGCCCCGAGAAAACCUAGAAUCCACGAUAGAAGAUACCUCAUACUCUUCCUGACCACCCACCACCACCGGAGGGGGAGGAACACAAGGAACAGUAUAUCUAUUGCAGACAAGAGGUUUGAGUAAGGACACAUGAAAAGUGUUGGGAAUCCCUAAAGAUGCAGGAAGAGCCAGAGAGUAAGACACUGGAUUGAUCCUACGAAGCACUCUAUAGGGACCAAGGAAUCUGGGGGCAAACUUCAUGCUAGGGACCUUAAGCUUGAUGUUGCGAGAUGACAACCAAACCCGGUCCCCCACUUGGUACACCGGGUUGGCACUCCUACGCUUAUCAGCAAAAUGUUUGAAGCGUUCAGCAGCAGCCCCUAGAGCAGUUUGAACCUUAACCCAGGUAUCCCGAAUGGAGGCCAGACGCUCAUCCAGAGCAGGAAUGGCAGUAUCAGAAAAUACCGCAGGGAGAACCGUAGGAUGCCUACCAUUAUUGACAAAAAAUGGACUGUGCCCAGAGGAGUCAUGAACAGCAUUGUUUCUAGCGAACUCGGCCCACGGGAGUAGUUCGGACCAAUUGUGUUGUGUGCUAUUAAUAAAACAACGCAAAUAAACUUCUAAUGACUGGUUAGCCCUCUCAGCUGUACCAUUGGUCUGUGGAUGGUAGGAGGAGGAGAAGGAGAGAUCAAUCCCCAAUUGUUUACUGAACGCUCUCCAGAACCUGGACACAAACUGAGAGCCCCUAUCAGACACAAUAUUGUGGGGGAUGCCAUGCAAACGGACAAUUUCACGUAUGAAAAUUAGGACCAAAUCUUGCGAAGAUGGCAACUUCUUGAGAGGAAUGAAGUGAGCCAUCUUAGAAAAUCGGUCUACAACCAUGAGAAUAGUAGUGAACCCAGCAGAGCUAGGAAGCUCAACAAUAAAGUCCAUGGAUAGGUGGGACCAUGGAAUCUCAGGAACAGGAAGAGGCUGCAACAGGCCACAAGGAAGUGCAUGAGUCACCUUAGAAACUGCACACACAGAACAUGCCUGCACAUACUCCUUUACAUCUUUCCUGAGUGAAUCCCACCAAAAUGAUCUAGUGAUCGCGGCAGUGGACUUAUUGAUGCCCGGGUGUCCAGCAGUUAUAUUGUCAUGGAACACUUUCAUGAUAUUAACCCUUUCACAUAGGGGAACGAACAGUUUAUCACACGGUUUACCACUGGGCGCCUGAGGCUGGGCCUCCAGUAUGGUGCCAAGCAGUGGAGAAGACAGUGAGAGGACAGUAGUAGCAAUAAUACACUCUGGUGGAAUAAUAGGAGAUGUCACCUGUUCCGGAGCUGACUCAUUAUCAAAUUGCCUGGACAAGGCAUCAGCCUUGGUAUUUUUAGAACCAGGUCUAUAAGUAAUGAGAAAGUUAAAACGUGAAAGGAACAGUGACCAUCUAGCCUGUCUGGAAGACAAACGUUUGGCAUCCCCUAUAUAUGCCAGAUUUUUGUGGUCGGUUAUGAUCAACAGGGGGUCCUUGGAACCCUCCAAAAGAUGUCGCCACUCCUUGAGGGCAAGAAUAAUGGCCAACAGUUCUCUAUUGCCAAUAUCAUAGUUGCGCUCAGCAGGAGACAUCUUUCUGGAGAAUUAGCCACAAGGAUGCAAUGGUGUUCCCUGGCUUUCUCUCUGAGAGAGAACAGCCCCUAUCCCUGUCUCGGAUGCAUCAACCUCCAAUAUAAAAGGUUUACUGGUGUCAGGAUGUUUUAGUAUGUCCGCAGAGGCAAAUCUUUGUUUAAUAGUCUCAAAAGCAUUCACAGCCUCUUUGGACCAUACCGUGCUACUAACCCCUUUGCGAGUCAUAUUUGUGAUUGGGGCUAUUACAGAAGAAAAUCCCUUGAUGAAUCUUCUGUAAUAGUUGGCAAAACCAAUAAACCUUUGAAUGGCUUUUAAACCAGAGGGUAAUGGCCAGUGUAGUACAGCCUCUAGUUUUUUAGGAUCCAUUUGAAAUCCCGAUGCAGAGAUGUUGUAACCCAAAAAGUGGACUUCAGGCUGGUCAAAUAUGCACUUUUCUAAUUUACAAUAAAGUUUAUUUUUCAACAACGUCUGCAGAACCUGUUUCACAUGGGAGUGGUGAGUUUGAAGAUCAGGGGAAUACACCAAAAUAUCGUCCAAAUAAACCAAGACAAAUGAGUAAAUGAAUUCCCUGAGUACAUCAUUUAUAAAGUCUUGGAAUACGGCCGGGGCGUUGCAUAACCCAAAUGGCAUUACCAGAUAUUCAUAGUGUCCACUACGGGUAUUAAAUGCCGUCUUCCACUCAUGAUUCUCUUUAAUUCUAACCAAAUUGUAAGCGCUCCUAAGGUCAAGCUUAGUAAAUACUUUAGCUCCCUGAAGUCUAUCGAACAAUUCGGAAAUGAGUGGAAUAGGGUAUGCAUUUUUUACAGUGAUUUUAUUAAGUGCCCUGUAGUCUAUGCAAGGGCGUAACUCACCACCCUUUUUCUCAACAAAAAAGAAUCCUGCACCAGCUGGUGAGGAUGACUUUCUUAUGUGCCCUUUGCUCAAGGAUUCUUUGAUGUAUUCCUCCAUUAUUUUACUCUCCUGGGGAGAUAAGGCAUAAACUGCCCCCUUAGGUGGCAUAGCGCCUGGAAACAGGUUAAUGGCACAGUCAUAUGCUCUGUGGGGAGGCAAUACAUCGGAUUGAGCCUUGUUAAACACCUCCUGAAGUUCUCGGUAUUGUAUGGGAACUCCAGGAGUUUGGGGAGUGGUAGUGGGAAGGUCAAUAGUAUCCAAUCUCUUUAGUACUGGUUUUAUACAUCUCCCCAUACACUCUUUACCCCAUUCUAAUAUCUCCCCAUUAGCCCAGUCAAUAUAGGGAUUGUGCUUACUCAGCCACGGAAACCCUAAUAUGAUAGGACAUGAUGGAGAAGUAAUAACCUGAAACGUCAUCUCCUCCCUAUGGGAGGCCCCAAUGGAGAUCGUAAUAGGGACAGUUUCGUGGGUUAUAAGCGGUUGUGUGAGUGGUCUACCAUCAAUAGCCUCUACAGCUAGCGGCGUAGGUCUCUCCCUGACCGGUAUCUCAUUACCCUUAAUAAACUGGACAUCAAUAAAAUUUCCAGCAGCACCUGAGUCCAUUAGGGCACUGCAAGAAAACUUCUUGUUAUCAAGGGAAAUAGAUACCUCAAGGAGGAAUCUACUUUUGCUUUUGUUAGAGGACAACUCCAUCACACCUAAGAUCUGUCCCCUUAAGGUUCUUAGGUGCGGAAGUUUUCCGGAUGCACUGGACAAUUACUUAUCAUAUGUCCCUUUCUACCGCAAUAUAGGCAUAACCCCUCCCUUCUCCUAUACAGUUUUUCGGCUUCUAACAGUCUAGUGACCCCCAACUGCAUAGGUUCGGGUUCGGACUGUACAGGGAGGUUAGACAAAACAGGUUUAGAGAAUUGAGGUGCUAGGGACAUAGCCGUACGUCUGGUCUUGCUUCUGGUGACUUCUCUGAGUCUUAACCUAUUAUCAAUAUGCAUGACAAACGUAAUAAAUUCGUUAAGACUCUAAGUUAAUUCUUUAGCGGCUAUCUCAUCUAGUAUAGUCCCUGAGAGACCCUUUUUGAAUGCUGAGAUUAACCCAUUGUUAGUCCAGUCUACUUCGGAAGCUAAGGUACGGAAUUCAAUAGCAUAAUCCGAGAUAGACCGGUUACCUUGUCUGAUGUGCAUUAGGGCAGUGGAGGCGUCAUCCUCUCUACCCAAUGGCUCAAACGUGAGCUUGAAUUCGGCAAGGAAUUCCUGGUAAUUAUGAGCUAUGCUCCGAUUACUCUCCCACAACGGAUUAGCCCAGGCAAGGGCCUUGCCCUUUAAUUGAUUCAUUAGAUAACCAAUUCUUGCUCUGUCUGUGGGGAAUGACCCUGGUGAGGCCUCAAAAUGGUACUCCACCUGAUUAAGAAAACCCCUGCAUUCCUGGAUAUUGCCAUCAAACUGUAGGGAUGGUGAUAAGGAGAUGCUAGGAGUCCUAUUAACAGUGGGUGGAGGUACACAGGGUAGAGGUGCUAUAGGAGGAGACGCUGCAGGCUGCAGAUGCUCCGUUCUAGCGAGAAGCGUACUGAAAGCCUGAGUGAAUUGAUCCAUGCGGUGAUCAUUCUCCUCUAAUUUCCUCUCGCAAGCAGCUAUGUGCUGACACAGUUCUACAGGAUCUAUGGCCAUGUCGUAAUGUCAGGAUUACUGUUUGAUCCAGCACGUAGAACUGUACAGCACGGAUGACAAAUAAGUAACGUAUUACCGGUCCUUAGAAUGGCCGGAUUUAACGUACAAAGAAUAGUCAAAAAUACUAGCCGAGGUCAGGGAACACAGAAAGGGACACAGUGAUGAGGAAAGCCAGGAGUCAGGAUACCAGAAUAUAGAGAAGUCAAUAAACAAAGCCAAAGUCAAAAACCAGGUAGAAAACUAUAAACAGGAACGCGCUCUCGGACAACCACAAGGGAAACCACGACAGGGCACUGAGCAGGCUGAGAACUGGGCCUAAAUACCCCUCCUUUAGUUCUGAUAGGCUGUAACCGGCCUUUGACCCCAAAGUCAGUUACCAGGUUUCAUUUGCAUAAUUGCUGCUCAGCAUUAACCCUUCUGUGGAUUAGGUUGCUGCUCGGCACAACUUUUCCUGUGUGGACAGUAAAUGUCAUUAACCACAUUUCUAUAAGCGGAUGAAUAUGUGACAAAUACUUUGGAUUGACAAAACACCUGUACAUGGGUGGUAUCACUGCACUGAGGAGAUGUUGCUGAACACAUAUUGGGGUGUUCUUUGGCAGUAACCCUUAAAGUUCUCAGUACAUAUAUUAAAUAUGCUAUAUGCUAUGUGUGUCAAAAUAAUCACCAAUUAUUAUUAUUAUUAUUAUUAUUAUUAUUAUUAUUAUUUUAUUUUUAAUUUGGCAUAGAUUGGUAGUAAAAUGGUUGCAUGAAAAGAGUCAAUAUACCCCAAGUUUAUUACCUUAGGUUGUCUUCUUUUAAAAAAUAUAUACUUGUGAAGGGUUAUUCAAGGAUUCCUGACAGAUAUCAGUGUUACAAUGUAACUUGCGUUAAUUUUGAAAAAAAAAAAAUGGUUUGGAAAGAACAUGUUAACAUUGGGUAUUUCUAAAAUCAGGACAAAAUUGAGAAACUAUGUAGCAUGGGUGUUUUUUUGACGGUUGUAGAUGUGCAACAGAUUUUGGGGUUGAAAGUUCGAAAAAGUGUUUUUAUUUUUCAUUUUAUAAUUUUUUUAUAGUAAAUUAUACGAUAUGAUGAAAAUUAUGGUAUCUUUAGAAAGACCAUUUAAUGGCGAGAAAAAUGGUAUAUAAUAUGUGUGGGUACAGUAAAUGAGUAAGAGGCAAAUGACAGCUAAACACAAACACCUCAGAAAUGUAAAAAGAGCCCUGGUCCUUAACAGUAAGAAAAUUGAAAAACGGUCUGGUCACUAAGGGGUUAAUAGGCUCCACACGAUGACCACAGCUGAAGGCACGUGAAGGGCACUAUGUCACCUACUUUAUUAUUUAAGCAUGGUAGGUAGAAGCAUGAUGGAGAUUUUUUAACUUUCCUCAGACUAAUGUAGGGAUAAUAUUUUCCCCGGUAGGGUCAAUUUAAUUUUUAAUUUAACCCGUAUGGGCACUGGGGGAAGGAAGUGUUGUGGGAGAUCUGCUCCUCACAGCUUCCAUUUUGAAACCCUCGCUCACCAGAAAUGAGUGAGAGGUUAGAAAUUAAAUCUGGUUAUCUGAAUUUCAUUUGGAACAAAAUUAUGCAAAGAAAAUUUGGACAUCUCAAGCCAUAGAAGAAAUUUGGUCUGUCUGAAUUGUUUAUUUUCAGAUGAACACUUUUUUCUGACUAUAUGCAAAUCUGCUGGCUAUAUUUAUUUUUUUUAUUUUGUUUUCUUUAUGGGAAAACCUCUAGUAUACUAUGCUUGUUGUUUUAUGUGUUGUGAGACCACUGUUUUUGUUUUUUUUCCCUCAGGGUGGGAAAUAUGCCUUUUACAAUAAUGUUUACAGUUGGGAGUUUUGUAAGACUUGUACUAAGCUAAAAUGGCAGACAUGUAAUGGCAUUUUAAAUUUGUUCUUUAAAACUAGCACCUGGCAUGACAAGUAACAUUUAAAACUAUAUCCCCUGUUCCCAAAUUAUAACUGUACAACUCAUUUAAGUACAGUAUGUGGUACAUACACUUGUAUGGAUACAUUGAGAGCAAUUACUUGUUGUGAAAUUGCAGGAUAUAAGGGAGGUAUCUAGAUUCUGUGAUUUUAUUUAUUGAUUUAUUUAUUUUGUGAAAAUUCUUUUUUUUUUUUUUUUUUAUUAAACAAGCAGCAAAGUGUACUUCCAUUGUUACAAGUGGAAUCAUCUAUAAAGUUACAGCUGUUCCUACGUUUGUGUACAUAAAGUACGCUAGUAAAAAUGCACUACAAACACUAUUCAUUUGAAAGUUAUAAAAGUAUUAAUGUAACAGUAGUGCUACAUUCCAAUAGUUGAAAUAAGGUUGUUAUAAUGAUUGGUUUAAAAUAAAGAAAAAAGGAAAGAAAAGAGCCUUAGACUACUGGAACCUCCAUGGGGGUUAACCCCUUAUAAUUUGGCAAAAAGAAAAAUUGGAGAUUCCCGUACUGAUAAAUAUUUAGACCAAUGGAGCACAAUAAAUUAAAACGUCACUUUUAAUAGAUCGAAUAAAAAGUCCCUUAUUUAUUCACACACUCUUAAAUAAACACGUGUUUAAAACAUCACAUCUAAAUAUAAAUAACUAAAUCAACACAAAAAUAUGAUUCCACUAGAGGGGAAAAAUACCCACUCUAAACUAUAUUGGUCUAAAUAAGUGAAAUCCUAUAAAAAAAGUAGGAUUUCACUUAUUUAGACCAAUAUAGUUUAGAGUGGGUAUUUUUCCCCUCUAGUGGAAUCAUAUUUUUGUGUUGAUUUAGUUAUUUAUAUUUAGAUGUGAUGUUUUAAACACGUGUUUAUUUAAGAGUGUGUGUAGUGCCCUUAUAAAUAAGGGACUUUUUAUUCGAUCUAUUAAAAGUGACGUUUUAAUUUAUUGUGCUCCAUUGGUCUAAAUAUUUAUCAGUACGGGAAUCUCCAAUUUUUCUUUUUUCUUUUUGUUAUAAUGAUUGUUCCACUUUUAGAAAAUUAAGAAUUUAUAAAUUUUCUGCUUUUAUAAAUCCCCGUCACUGUUUCAGGUUUGUCCAUCAUGGAACCAUUCUAGAUUGCAAGGAGGCAGACUGGGACUUCACAAUGAGUCUUAAUGUCCGAAGCAUGUAUCUCAUGAUUAAAACAUUCCUCCCAAAGGUAAGUCGUCCUUGUGGAAUCCAUUUAAUUUUGCUAACAGUGUUAAUUUACUGUGCAGCCAUGGUGAGACGUCAGUUACACUGCCGAAUUUACUGUAUUUGUAUAGAAUGGGAAUAUAAUCUGUAUUUAUACAUUGAUUACAUAUAGUAGAUUUGUGAUAAAUACAGUACUCUCCUCAUAUUCUCACUGGUUCCAGUGUUGCAAUUAUAACUGGGAAUGGUAGAUAGGAAACUCUAUUUUUUUUAAAGGGACACUAUAGUCACCUGAACAACUUUAGCUUAAUGAAGCAGUUUUGGUGUAUAGAACAUGCCCCUGCAGCUUCACUGCUCAAUCCUCUGCCAUUGUGUUCCCCAGAUUUUUGUUGCUAUGCCUCCCCAGUGCUGAGGUCUCUACCCCCCAGUGUUUUGGUCUCUCUUCCCCCUGCUGAUGUGUUCGGUCACAAACUCUGAGCCUUGUUUAAGGCACACUGAUAAGUUGGAACUGUUUGGAAGUUCUCUAAAAGGAAAAAGGUCUCACACUUUGCAUAUGUACAGGAAUGAGAGGGAAGCCUGAACGAUGUGCUGAACUUACCCUUGGAAAUUACAGCACUGUGCUACAGGUGCUCUGACAAACCAAUGAGCUGACCUCUUCACCUUCCACCUGUGUAAAAAUUUUUUUUUUUUUUUUAAAUUACAAAGUGUAAUCCGGAUUAGUUCUGCAAAUGUUACAAAUUGUUCCUUCACAAUCUUUCCAUAGCUGGGGCUGUUAUUAUAGGAAUAAAUGUAUCACCAAUAUAUUCUGCAGUGAUUUACGUGUGUGUGUGUGUAUAUAUAGCGACACACGCCAUGCUGCUAUGAUUCGGAGGUCACAGGGUGAAAUCUCCUUAUAAAAUGGAAAUUUUCGUAUAGGCUAUUAACCAAUAUAAAACAAUAAAUUAGAAUUCAGCAUUAAUUGCAGUGUCAUUAAGCACACAUAGAAGGCACACCUAAGCACAUACCCUGUGAAUACUAAUUAGGUUACUUUGUCUAUAAGGUGCUAUUCCUGGGACAAUAGCGCCAUAAAUGUGUCUAACACAGCUUCAUGCAUUAAUCAUACAGAUUUAUUUAAUCAUCAGAUCUGAACUUCACCACUUUUAUCUAAUUUCAACAAGAAGCCUAGAAACAAACGAACAUUUCCCUUUAUUAAGGCAUAGGAGCUCUCUGCACAUGCCCAAUACAGGGGUGACUUACAUCCAAUGGUUCUUUUCAUGGCACUGAAUGGGAGUCACUGAUACAAUGUAAAUUAUGAAGAGAAAGAAAAAUAUUUUGGGAUGGUUUGUACAAUGCUCCUUUGCUGGUUUAGUGUCUUGCAUGUCACUAAUUGUCAGUUUAUGAUUGUUCAUGGGAUUACGCUAAACAAAUGAAUGAUUUAUAGUCUAUGCUGGCCAAAUAGAAAGCACACAUAGAGUUCAAAGAAAAUAUUUAUAAUAUUUGAUAUUGUUGAUUCUUACUUAGAAAGAAAAGAGGGAUUGAGAUUUCCUGGGAUACCCAGCCAUUUCCUGUUUUAAGUGAGAGCUGCAGCAAUACUGUAUAAAAAAAGCAAAGCAUUUUAUAAAUUUUUAUUUUCAAUAAUUUUUGUUUAUACAUUUAUUUUUUUAUGAUAAUCUUAAUAGGUGCAAACAUCUGGGAUUAAUGUCGCUUUAAGCAGGGUGUGUUAAUUGCUGAGGAGAAUACUUGCACUAUAAAGUAAUGACCAACUUUGCCUCUUCUGCAUUUCAGAUGCUUGAUCAAAAAUCUGGAAACAUCAUCAAUAUGUCAUCUGUAGCAUCUAGUAUUAAAGGUAGUCUAUAAUAGAUUUUAUAUGUUAACGCUUAAUAGUUAUUUAAACAAUAAUAAAAUCCACUAAUUGCAUCAUUAGCGUUCUCUGUUAGAGUCAAUGACAGAUACCCUGGUGUUUCAACAGGUAGGGCACUAGAAAGAGAUGAAAAGUUUUGCAUUUGGAAAAUACUUACCCCUGGUGGUUGUGUGACCUACUUGAGCAGAAAACCACUGAGCAAAUCUUAAAACGAUGUAUAAGAGAGAGAAUUAGUACGGGGUACAACAAGGUCAUGUUUUUUUUAGGUAGUUAAAAGUGUCUGAGGGUGCCAAGACCAGGCGAAAAAUUAUAGUUUGGCAACAGGCAAGGCAAGUAAUCAAGCAAAGGUCCCCACCAAAAAUAUUUUCCUUACCCCUAUCCUUACUGCUGUAUGCUUUGGUUUUUUUUUUUCUCAAACCCUUUUUGUCCCUUUUAGCAUAAUGGCUCAUUUGUUAUAACUGCAGUUAAUGUAUGCAAUGAUCACUACUCCAUUAAACUAUUUACCAAGAGUCAUGUAUUGGUACAAUAUUACAAGUGAUUUCUGAUUUAAACUAUUUUUAUUACAUAAUUUAUUGUCUCCAUUUUGAUUGUUUAAAAACCUCCAUUUGUGAUAUUUUUUUUUUUUAUUUUUUUUUUUUAGGUGUUGUAAAUAGAUGUGUCUAUAGCACGUCAAAAGCUGCAGUAAUUGGUUUGACCAAAUCUGUUGCUGCCGACUUCCUUGAACAAGGCAUAAGGUGCAACUGUAUAUGUCCCGGUAAGUAUUUUAAUGGACACAUACCGGUACUUUAAAAUCUCAGUUCCAGAGAUAUUUUAUCUUGAUCAACUUUAUUUUCCUACUUUGAAUGAAUAACCCUGCAUGUGGGUGCAGUAAUGGCAGUUGGACUGUAAAUGUACUGUAUAAGUUGUUUCACAAUACUGCUGUGAUGGUUCAAACAAUGAUCACACAAAACACUUGCAUCCCACAUGUACUUUGAAGAGGGUGAGAUAUACUCUUACAUAUCUGUUUGUGAAUACACUGCAGCAGAUAUGACUUAGAUUCUAUGUGUAAUAAAAUGUUGUGUUUGUGCAGGGACUGUGGACACACCAUCUUUAAGGGAAAGAAUCCAGGCCAGGCCUAACCCUGAACAGGUAGAAGU